AUGGCUGGCUCGUUCAUCACGGUCUCGCGAUGGGUCUUCUUCCUGUUCUGCCUUACUACGGUCACUUUUGCGCAUACACUCAAUAAGCCCCCGACACGAGCACUCGACCUUCGACCAAGAACUUCCCCCACACCACAGGAAGCUUCACUGAACAUCAAGCGCGCCCUCAAGCAAGGACUCGAAGUCUUCAAACGCGAUGUAUGCGAAGAUGCGUUUCCAGGCGAAGGCGCAGUAACAAAUACCUGCAACCCCAGCAAUACGCUCUGCUGUAUCCGAAAGGGAGAAAGCUACCCCCAGUGCCAAAACCUCCUCAAUAAGGGAUGGUGCUGCAUCGACAAUCCCAAUAGCGAGCCUGGCUGUUACGUCGACCAGCCAUCUGUCUGUGAAGAAGCCGACUCGGUGCCAUGCGCGAACCUUGAGGCUGGCGUAGACCAAGCAUGCUGUCCAGGCCAGACUACAUGCGCGUCGGGCUACAAGUUCACCGAGAAGUUUGUACGCUGCCAGAUUCUCUCGGCUGACCUCGUGUCGUUAGCCAGUGCGAGCGCUGCUCCUACAAGUAGCUCAAGCAUAGAACCGAGCUCCGCUUCGCCGACGUCCGAGAUCACCUCGUCUGCAUCAAACUCCGUAUCAUCAGCGUCCUCCUCCGUUCCUGCUACAGCAUCAGACGUCCUUUCCAACGCAGCAUCGAGCGCCAUACCGCCACCUCCGUCUAGCGAUUCAUCUUCGUCUUCCUCGUCCCCCUCCUUGUCAGGCGGUGCUAUCGCGGGUAUCGCCAUUGGACCGACACUGGCGCUGGUAGUCGGCGUAGGCCUAUGGUUCCUUUACAAGCGUCGACAGAAGAAGAAAAUGCAGCAACCCUACGCCCCGGCAGUAAUGUACCAAGACGCGUACCCAAAGGCCGAGCUGGCAUCAGAGCCCGUAAUUCCUGGGCCCUACAAAUAUCAACAUGCUGCUGCCGAGCCACCUCAGGAGAUGCCUGUUCAGUAUACCUACGAGCUCGACGGCGGGGCUCAUCGCGGGCCGUAG